AUGGAGCUCCAUCUCAUCUCUACUCCGUUACUCCCCAAGUCCAAGAGCAGCCUUUUAGUCGAAUUCCCAUCCAUCUCGACAAAAUCCUUUGGGAAUCUACUCCGCAGGACCAACAGAAGGCUGAAAAUAUCGUCAUCUUCGUCGUCGAUGACGUUGGAUCAACCUGGCGGGAAGAUGGUGGUUGAGCUGGUUGGCGCUUUCACGGAGUUGACGGAGAGAAUGAUGAGCCCCAGCACGAGCUCCUCGCGUUUGCUGUUCAAGGCACUCAAGCUCUCUAUCCCCAUCCUCAACGCCCUUCCACUUCUUCCCGACGGCCGCUCCCCUCUCUCUAAGGCCCUCUCCCUCGCCCUAUUUCUCGCCGAUCUUCAGAUGGACGCUGAGGUCAUAUCCGCCGGACUAUUGAGGGAAGCCGUGGAAGGAGGUGGGGUUUCCAUGCGCCAGGUCCGGGACCGUGUGGGCCUCGCCACUGCCCACCUCCUGCACGAGAGCAUGCGCCUGAGAGGCAUCUCCUCUAGGGUCGAGGUCCUAGACGACAACAGCUCGUCUGCCCUCCGAAGAUUCUGCAUCACGUAUUACGAUGCGCGGGCCAUCAUCCUCCACCUGGCCCUAAAGCUCGAUGCAAUGCGCCACCUCGACCACCGACCGAGAUAUGAGCAGCAGACCCUCUCCCUGGAGGUCAUGAAGAUACACGCUCCCCUGGCCCACGCGGUCGGGGCACGCCUCCUCUCCCUGGAGCUCGAAGACCUGUCAUUCCACUACUUAUUUCCUUACUCGUAUCUCUACGUGGACGCGUGGCUGAGGUCCCGCUGGGAGAUCACUACCGGAGGCAAGCCCCUGUUAGACGUGUACAAGGAGCAGCUGCUUCGAGCCCUGACCUCUGAUCUGCUUUUAAAGGAGAUGGUUGGGGACAUCUCGGUUGAAGGUCGUUAUAAGAGCCGAUAUAGUACCAUGAAGAAGCUGUUGAGAGAUGGGCGUGCGCCCAAUGAGGUGAACGACAUCUUGGGGCUGAGGGUGGUCUUAAGCCCCGGGCAGAGUGGUAAUUCGCUGUACAUGGGGGAAAAGGCCUGCUACAGGGCUCGUGAGGUGGUUAGAUCGUUGUGGAAGGAGGUGCUGGAAAGGUCAAAAGACUAUAUCUCGAAGCCCAAGGCUAAUGGGUACAAGAGUCUGCAUAUGGCUGUUGAUGUCAGUGAAAAUGGCAGGACGAGGCCCCUGAUGGAGAUUCAGAUACGUACAGCGGAGAUGGAUAUGCUGGCGGCUGGCGGGACCGCUUCGCAUGCGCUGUACAAAGGCGGUCUCACUAAUCCAGAAGAGGCAAAGCGGCUCAAAGCUAUCAUGAUGGCUGCAGCUGAACUAGCAGCAUCACGCCUCAAAGAUUUUCCCUCCACUAACCACAUGGGUCUAGAAAGUAAUCACAGGAAUCGAGUCUUCCGGUUGCUGGACAAGAAUGGAGAUGGUAAGAUCAGCAUUGAGGAACUUAUGGAAGUAAUGGAGGAGCUUGGUGCUAAGGGGGAGGAUGCUGAGGAGAUGAUGCGAGUUCUUGAUUCGAAUAGUGAUGGUUCUCUGAGCUCAGAUGAAUUUGAUUCAUUCCAGAAGCAGGUUGAAUUCAUGCGAAAUCUAGAAUACAGAGACAUUCAAUGCAAGGCUCUAUUGAAUGAUAAGCUUGAAGUGGAAGAUGGCAGUGCAAAAAUUGAAGUUUAUAAAGAAAAUAACUUGGCGACGGGCUUCCAUUAA